AUGAUCCAUUGGCAAAAAUAUUUUCUGAGCAAUUGCUGGAUAUUGGAAAUGUGCAGACAAAAAAAUGAACUAAUUGAGAGUGUCUUCCUGGAUAUACUGAAUAAUUACUUGAAUCAAAAUUGGCUUAGACAACGUGCUAUUUUAGUAGCAAAAAAUGAUGACGUUGACAAAAUUAACUUUCAGAUACAACAGUUAUUGCCAGGUAAUUUGAUAUCUUUUAAAUCAAUCGACACUACUGUCGAUGAAAACGAAACAGUAAAUUUUCCUACUGAAUUUUUAAAUUCUCUGGAUAUACCAGGAAUGCCACCACAAAAUCUUCGAUUGAAGAUUGGUUCACCAGUUAUUCUUUUGCGUAAUUUGUAUCCACCUAGAUUAUGCAACGGUACACGUUUGGUAAUCAAAAGAAUCGCCGGAAAUGUUCUUGAAGCAACUAUUUUGACUGGGAAGUUUAAAUGA